AUGUCCUUAUUGUUUCCUACUCCAACGUAUACUCCGCCUGGCCAGCUACUUGCAUCAACCAGCACCGCGGCCCUUCUCGCUAGCUCAUUAUGCAUCCCGGCGCCUCCCAGUUACACUAAUCUUCUCGCGCCUGGGUUCGAAGUCCCCCAGGAUGGCCCCAUUGUGCCUGAUAACUACACCAAAGACCUUUUCAGCGACUUUGGCUACGUUGUUCGUGCCAGGACCGAUUCCGAGGAGGACCUCCUGCUCUGGCUGUUCCUAUAUCGCCAGUCUGCACUUCUCGUCACCAAUUAUACUGGGCCUGAAAAAGAGAUCAUGCAUAAUACUCCUUUCCUGAAUAAAGGCCAGAACCUCGACGACUACUAUUCGCCCGGAUCUUUGCAAUGGAAUGAAACCAAGGACGAGGUUACGUGGAAGCUAGAUGGUCGCGAACUGGCGUCCAGUCCCCCUUACUAUAAGGCACGAGGAGAGCAUGGCGGCAUUGAAGUUAAUCUCGAUCUCGUGCAGUGGUCCGACCUUUUCUACCAAAUCGGACCGUUCACUGAAGUCAACAGUGAGGGAGGCGGAGCUGGUGGCAUCCUUCACCUCAAGGCCAGUGGUACUGUCACUGCGAACAACAUCACGUACACCAUCUCUGAGGGUUAUGCUAUCCACGAGCGCAUCAUCACUGCCGGAGUGGUUCCGGCUCGGCUUCAGUACAUGGGUGGCCGCGGAAGUCCGUGGUUCAACAGCUGGGGCAAGCAGUUCUCAUUCUGGACCAUGGGGACCGAUAUCGGAAACGAUACCCAGUCUAUUCAGAUGUUCAUCAACAUAGACAAUCAGACGAUAAUUGUUGAGGAGCCGUUGUAUGCGCAAAUUAAUGCUCUGAAUAGCUGGUUCGAUCCCAAAACGAACCAGAUCAAUCCGUCGAAGUGGAAGAUUACGUCAAUCACGGAACUGGGUACGCUGGACGCUACUGUCACGGCUUAUGGACGGUAUUACUAUACUUGGAUUCGCAGAGGUGGGACCAUCCUGGUGCAUAGCUAUAUUGCGGACACUGUGGCAACGUUUACAAGGAAAAAUGGGACAGUGGUUUCGGAAAAGCAGGUCUCUAUGGUAGAGUACAUGAGAACUCUGUAUAAUCAAGGCCUCGAUGAAGUAGUUUAG